AUAAACGUUGAAUCCAAAGAAAGCAAUAACAUGUGUGCUUGAUUGUCCACAAACAGCACACGGCAGAAAGAAGAAACACAUACACUAUUAUGAUUAUGUUGUUGAAGAUUUUUGCUAUUAUAAUACAAUUACUUUUGGUAACAGUUCUAAAUGGUGUUCAUUCCUUGCACAGAGAUGAGUUCCCACUUGACUUCGUGUUUGGGGCAUCAACCUCAGCUUAUCAGGUUGAAGGUGCUGCAAAUGAAGAUGGGAGGAAGCCAAGCAUAUGGGAUACCUUCUCCCAUGCUGGAAAUGGGAAUAUGUAUGCAGGUGAUGGAGAUGUUGCAUGUGAUCAAUAUCACAAAUAUAAGGAAGAUGUCCAACUCAUGGCUAACAUGGGCUUCGAUGCAUAUAGAUUUUCCAUAUCAUGGUCAAGGGUUAUUCCAGAUGGAAGAGGACAAGUGAAUCCCAAGGGAGUACAAUAUUACAACAACCUUAUCAAUGAACUGAUAAGCCAUGGAAUCCAACCACAUGUUACAUUACUCCAUUGGGACCUACCACAAACACUCGAGGAUGAAUAUGGAGGAUGGGUAAAUCGAAGAAUUGUGAAAGACUUUACAACAUACGCGGAUCUGUGCUUCAGAAAAUUUGGUGACAGAGUUAAGUAUUGGACCACUAUGAAUGAGCCCAAUGUGUAUGCAAUUUUUGGCUAUGAUAUAGGACUGUUACCUCCUCAGCGGUGUUCUCCUUCCUUUAUAACUAACUGCUCCAGAGGAAAUUCCUCAACUGAACCAUAUUUGGUAGCACAUCAUAUGUUGUUAGCACAUGCUGCAGCUGCUAGAUUGUAUAGGAAGAAAUACCAGGGCAUGCAACAUGGCUAUAUUGGAUUUAACCUCCUUACUUUUGGUCUUGUUCCAUUAACAAAUACUAGUGAAGAUGUAAGUGCCACUCAAAGAGCCCAAGACUUCUUAAUUGGUUGGUUUAUGAAUCCCUUUACAUUUGGAGAUUACCCCAAUAUAAUGAAGAAGAAUGCUGGCUCAAGGCUUCCUUCCUUCUCCCAAAAGGAAUCAAAUCUGGUCAAGGGCUCAAUUGACUUCAUAGGAAUAAACUUUUACUACUCAUUUUAUGUUAAGAACAGUCCUGGCAGCCUACAGAGGGAGGAUAGAGAUUAUAUGGCAGAUUGGUCAGUGGAAACUGAAAAGGUUACUCAGAAUGAUACACCUACAGAUGAGAUUCCAAUUACUCCCAGGAUUUUCCAAGGAGUGCUAGACUCAUUCAAGAACAAUUAUGGCAAUAUUCCAAUUUACAUACAUGAAAAUGGCCAACAAACACCUCAUAAUUCAUCAUUGAAUGACUGGCCAAGGGUGAAGUACUUGCAUCAAUAUAUUCUUAGCUUGGUUGAUGCACUAAGGAGUGGAUCAAAUGUAAAAGGCUAUUUUGUAUGGUCCUUCUUGGAUGCAUUCGAGUUAAUGGGUGGCUAUGAAUCGAGUUAUGGCCUAUAUUACGUAGAUAUGAAAGAUCCAAGCUUGAGGAGACAGCCUAAACUAUCUGCCAAAUGGUACUCAAAUUUCCUAAAGAGGAAACCCCUGAACCCUAAGAUCACCAAAGAAAUUGAGAAGAGUGCCAUAUAAAGGAAUCAGAACAAGUUGAAAUUCUGGAUCCUUUUCUUGUUUGGGGGGGUCAUAAUUUGCAACUUUGUGCUACCACACAUGUGAAUAACAGCACAUAGAUGUCAAAAGUCAAAUUAUUGAACUGCCCCUACUAUAAAUUGUUGAGUAUGAAAUCUUUCAUACAAAUUCUCAUAAUUG